AGGGCGCUGUUGUUCAAGAUGGCGGCGUCCUUGUUUGGAGCAAAUUUGACUUUCUCCUCAACUGAUUCGGCGAUUGCGUCUGCGCCAAGAUCGAGCGGUGUGAUGGAAGCCUGUAACAAGCCAAUGAGGCAACGAUGUGAAGAGAUAGGUGCCUUUAUACAGAUGUCAUCAAGCAAGGAGCUUCACAGUGUAUACCCUCUGCUGCUGGACAGCAUCUUUGGCUACAACCAGAACCCGGGCUGGGGCCUGCACGCUGCCACCCAGCAGACCUUCAGGGAUGACUACCGGAUGUUGCAUGAGUUCCUGUCCCCCCACGGCCAUCUCAUGACCAUGGUCUACAAGCUGCAGGCUGACCCUGCACUACGCUACGAGUUCCCAGUCUCCAACCUGCCAGCCCCAACCAGGGACGCCAUUCUAGAAGGAGCCAUGCCUGGUUUAUAUGCCCAUAAGCUGGGUUAUCCGGCUCAGGGCAGACUACCCACAACAGUAUCACUGACUGCAUUUGAGUAUUUUAUGUACAACUUUGCCUAUCUGAUAGUGCAUCGACAUAAACAAGAGAGUUUACAGCAGUGGACGGAUGCAGAUGAUUGGCUCUACCCAAACCUUCUCAACGAUUAUCUUCACUACUUCCUGCCAAUUGACGGGAGCAGCGUGCCCCCAGCUCCCUUCGUUACCAGCACGCAGACCCACAACCUUGGACAGGGCCACUCACCUCCGUACAGGCUGCCUCAGUACGGAGUUCUCUAUCAUUAUUUAUUCUCGGCCGAUUCUCAGCACAGCUCUCUCUUUCGCAGCAAUACCACCAGCUGCACCUCGUCCCACCACCAUCUCCGUCACCCCCUCCAGCUCACCCAACGCCAGCCCCCGUUUGGCCUCCACCAGUCCUCGGCCGCGGUGGACUGCGGCGGCAACCGGGAGACAUGGCGCAGCGAGGUGUUGCUGCAGGCACUGGGGGAAUUCUGGCUGAGUCAGAACACACUGCAGCCCAAGGAACAAGGCUUCAGACAGCAUGUCAGGGAGAACUACAUCCCCAGCUCAGACCACGUCCGGGUGGUUCGAAUCCUGGUCAAGCAUUUGCAUUUCUUUGUGAACUCGGCCCGGCCUCCCCUGGCCAUUUCUGCUUAUCAGCAGCCAGAGCAGGAGCAGAUGGACGACUUGAAGAGGUAUGUCAUCCCUCGAUUCAUUCAGAAGAAACUCUACGUCUUCCUCCGACAUGGCUUUGACAACUGGCCCCUAGACUCGACCUUCAGACAGAUACUUGAGGUGUGGUUGAGCUACAUCCAGCCCUGGCGUUACACGGAGCAGAUGAGGGCAGCAGACAGAUCCCCGGUGAACCCACGAGAGAUGGCCAAGGACAGACCCAUUCAGGAAGAAAGAUGGUUGAAGUUUGUGUCCUGCAACCUGCUGUUCUACACUGUCUUGUUUCAGGAGUUCCUCCCCAGAGCGUUCCGCCAGGAUCUGACGGGGCCCAAGAAUGCCAUCGUCCUGUUCCGGGUGGCCAAGGUGUUUGCUCAGAGCAACCUGGCUCAUAUUUUGGAAGAAGCCGAGAGACGCCUCAUUGAGGACUACCAAGCCCCGUUGCGGGGUCGCACAGGGUCGUUUGGCAGCAGUUUUAUUUCCCCUCUUCGCAUCCCGUCGUCCCCAGACCUAGGCUCUCAGAUUGCCGAGCUGGAGGCACCAGGAUUUGCCUACCAGCCCCUGUUCGGUGAUGUGGUUAAAUUAUCAAUCAACAGAUUAUUACAAGCUGUCCACCAGGCCUGUAUCACGGUAUCCAACAUGAACUACACUCCCGUCGCCAACCCCAACGAGGGGUUCUUCUCGUGGCUGGGACUCGGUGACCUCACCUCGGGGAGUCAGGGGUCGUACGGCCAGCACCAGCUGCAGGAUGACAUUGCGCCAGCAGACACCCACAAGUUGAGCGGGUACCUGAAGCUGACGGUGGACUACCUGUGCAAGGUGUUUCAGGUCAGUGCUCCCUCUGUAGCCCAUGAUUCUGUGGACGGUGGUUCUGGUGGGGGUGUGGGCGGUCAAGAGAAUGACCUGCCGCCUGAGUGCAUCAAUGGGAAGUUGACCCCACGAGGUCGAUACCAGCUGAUGAACGGACUUCGCAAGUUUGAAAUCACCUACCAAGGUGAUCCCGACCUCCAGCCAAUCAGGAGCUAUGAAAAUGCCUUCCUGGUGCGUAAAUUGCAUGCGUUAUCAACGAGCAUCAAUGAAACGUUCAGUGAUAAGAUCUUGGAGUUAUACCAUCGACCAGACUUCACCGGGGCAGUUGCUAAGCAGUUCUUUCACCCUCCCCCAGUCAUCCCUACCCACAAGCAGACCCCCAAGCGGUCGCUGUCGUACAGUCCCACGCCCACGCGGGCGCUGGACGGAAGACACCACGACCGGCCCAGGGUCAGCCUGCGAUUUCUUGCCAGCUACUACACUAUUGCCAAGCUGGUCGUUGUGUACCUGUGCCUGUGGCUUAUGGGCUUUGGACCCGUGGGGGCGCUGUUUGUGUUCGCGGUCCUGUUGGUGCUUUACGGAGUUGUAGGAGGGGCAGUGGGCUCCCUGCGACAGGAUAAGAAACCUCAUGAACAUCUUGACUGAUGAUAACCUUGAUGGACAGUAAUCUUGAACCAAAGCUUGUCAGCAGAUCUGAACGAGAUGAGAUCGUCACUCGAAUUCUCAUUCCGCACUGCUAGAUGCCUGCCAAGUUAAGCGCUCAUAAAACCUUGUGAUGUUUGCAUGUUUAUAGGGGUCAUCCAGUUCCUUCCCUCUCCUCACAAGCAUGGAGAAAUUUUCAUAAAUGUGGAAAAAGUGUUGAUCUGCCAUCAUCCAGCAUAGUCUUUUUCAGUGGUUAGAUUCAGUGGUGAGAAAGAUUACGUUUAUACACUCACGAAAAUGAUGACAAUAACGGAUGAAACCUGUCAACAGAAGUUUUGUGGGGCCACGUGCGGGCUCCAAAAUAUGACGUUUUGACCGAACACGAGCAACAUAGAAACUCCUGCUCUCUGCAUGUGACUCUCCUCGUGAGGAGAAGGUUGGAACCAGUCUCAUUUUUCUACAGCUUCACUGGUCAGUGCGCUGUUACCACUCACAAUACUGCCUACAGGAGUGACAAAUUCCACACUGUUCGCACCUGUAGCAGACAAAGGGUACAAAGGCACUUACUCUAAUGAAUGGGUUUGGGUGUGCAUUGGACGUUUAUGCAGGGUCAACUUAGGGAAUAUUUUGGAUACAGUUAUUAAUCUUAUGAUGUGAUGUUGUACAUCUCUAAACCGCAUCACUUUCUUCUUAUCCCAAACCAUGUAGAAGUAGCAAUUUUGAUACAAAAGGGGUGAUUUUCUGUAUUGCCGGCUUCCAAAAAUCCUCUGUCCAAAACUUGUUUGGCAAAGUCAUUUAUUUUAAUAAUAUUGGACUUCUUUUGACUUUCCGUCUGAAAAACAGUUGUGAAUACAAUACAAGAAAGUCAUGCCAAAUGGAAUCUCGUACUGGUGCUGUGCAUUACAUAAUGUAAAGCCAUACAAAAACAAAUUGGGUAAAAAAAAAUACACUUUGAAUUUCAGGCAGAAGUUAAGUAAUGUUUAAGCACAAAACAAAGUCAGACAAACCUAAAGCUGAUGUUUAUUUUGAAAUAAGCUAAACAGUUGAUUUAAAUGUUGAAAGGCAUCUUACCAUUUUGCUUUGAAUUCCAUGUCACUGGUACAGAUCAAAUUUUAACCAGUGAGACAAGGCCACAGGCAAUAAACGUAAAACCGGAGAGAGAUACAAAAAUCUUGUUUUUCCCUCGGAAAGAAACCUUUUAAGUUCUACGACUUUCAUCUCCACGAUGAAAACAAAAACACCACCAAACUAUGCUUUCAGAGCUGAAAUGAUAUAAAUACAUUUCUAAUGAACUCAUGUACACUCAUCUUUGCAUGGCAGGUGAGUUUAUACAUUAAAAACGCAUAAAAUUAAAAUAUGGAGCAGUUUAUAUUGUUUGCAACCUUACGCUUUUGCUUUUACAAUUGAAAAAAAACCUUGCAAUCGACUUUUACUUUCUUAGUGUCAGCUUAACGUUCUCUUAGAGAACAACUGCUGGCAACACUUAACCCUUUUCUUGUCAUAUGCCGUGUCAAAUAAAUGCCAAAUAAAAGAGGUUGUGAGAAA